GUAGGAGCUCCCGGAAGUAGGGGUGUUCAGCUGUUUUUGUUUUCUGCUAUGUGCUAGCAUUAUGUAGCGUACACUGAAAAUAUGACACACUUUGCAUGAAUUAAACGUCCUUAUCCUUCAGAGGCUCCUUCAACAAGACAUUUUACCUAAACUGAGAUCAGACGCACCAUGGCAGAGCAUUUCCACCUAAACACCCCGCUGCUGGAGACCGUCAGCAUGUCCAAACGUGUGGGAACCACCGUGUACCUAAAGAUGGAGAAUUCACAGCCCUCCGGUUCCUUUAAGAUCCGUGGCAUUGGACACCUCUGCCAGCAGCUCGCCAGACAGUCCAAAGGAGUUGUCUGCGCUUCAGGUGGUAAUGCAGGUAUGGCGGCAGCCUACACAGCCAGAAAGAUGGGCGUACCAGCCACCAUCGUAGUUCCCUCAUCUUCUCCUCAGCUGGUCGUUCAGAGACUCCGGGAUGAGGGUGCUACUGUCAAGAUUAUAGGCAAGGUCUGGGAUGAUGCCAAUGCAGAGGCUCUCCGACUGGCAGAGACUGAAGGACUCACAUUUGUUCCUCCAUUCGAUCACCCUCUGCUCUGGCAGGGCCACGCCAGUAUGAUCACGGAGGUCGCAGACUCUCUGGGUCCCGGCGUGAAGCCCGGAGCUGUGCUGGUGUCCGUCGGCGGAGGGGGGCUCCUCUGCGGGGUCGCCCAGGGCCUGAAGGACGUAGGCUGGACAGACGUACCCAUCAUCGCCAUGGAGACGGUGGGGGCCCACUGUUUCAACGCGGCGGUUAAGGCGGGGAGGGUGGUCACCCUGGAUGACAUCACCAGUGAGGCUAAGUGUCUCGGAGCGAAGACAGUUUGCAGGAAAGCUUUCGAAUACAGCCAGUGCAGCGAGCUUACGGUCAUCUCUGAGCUUGUGACUGACCAGCAGGCUCUGCAGGCGGUCGAGACAUUCCUGGAUGAGGAGCGUGUGUUGGUGGAGAUGGCGUGUGGAGCAGCACUCGCGGCAGUCUACAGUGGAUUUAUACGCAGAUUACAGGACGAAGGUCAGCUGCCGACUCUCUUGGGUCCCCUGCUGGUGAUCGUGUGCGGUGGCAGCAGCGUCGACAUGAAGCAGCUGGCACACCUCAAACACAAACUGCAGACAUAAACUACACCGUGUGUGUGUGUGUGUGUGUGUGUGUGUGUGUGUGUGUGUGUGUGCAGGUGCAUAGCAAUACAUGUGUCUCUGUGUGGCUGAGCUAAAAGAUUGCAUCAGUUCAGUGAAUGAUGUGUGGAUGGAUUCAUAGAAUAAAGCUCAAUUCCUCAAAUAAGAGCUACAGACAUGUCUUCUAAUUUUGAAGCCAAUGUGUUUGAAUUGCUGCUCAUUUAUGAAUUAAUGCUUCUGAUAUUGCAAUUUAUCAUUCAAGUCACAUAAAAUAUAUAAACAGAAUUAAUUUCUUCAGUUAUAAAUUAUUGAGUGAAUAUGUUUUAACCAUGCUCAGCUCACUAAAUUCAAUUACCAGGUUUCCCCACAGGGUGGUGCCACACUUCACUAUUCAGAAAUCCUCUGGCUCUCCACAGUCUGAGUCAAGACACAGAAGACUUUAUGGAGAAAAAAAGUGUUAUCAAACAAACAACAAACAUUUGUUGAUGUGAUUUAAUCAGAAAUUAACUGUACUUCAGCACUCUCAGUCUGAGGCAUCAAGAUAUUUGUUGAAACUAGUUUCGUCUUAAAUUUCAUAUUAAUUUGACGACACUGCACCUAAAUAUUUGUGCAUUUGAGUCACCUCUCUCUUUCUGUGAAUGCAUUUGCAGCCUUGGGUUGUUUUUCCGAUGUUGAAAUAUAUUUUAGAUGAAAACCUUUCAGACUUUUAAUGCUGGAUUGUUUCGUGUCAUUAUUAUAAAUUUAGUAGUCUAGUCAAUUUGUGUUACAUGUAGGAAGGUAUUACUAUGGAAACAGCUCCUCACUGUCCUGCCUGCGUCAGAGAAGCCAGUGGAAAGUGUUGCAUUUAAUAACCUGUUGAUAGUCUUUGCCUUCUGAACUCUCAGACGGUUGCAUAAGAUAUUAAGUUCACAAAGAGAAGAAGCAGAAAAUGGACUUUAUGUUAACAUUGUGAUCACUUGCAUUACAUUGUCUAUUAGAAAGCACCUCAGGAUGAUUUAUUGAUCAAAACAAAAGAUUGUUUUUGAAUAUAUAGCGUAUAAGAAAGUGGAAUGAAAACAGCUCCAUACGUAACCUGGUGGAGGUGAAAACUGGAGAGUUUUGUGAUGAAAGUAACUGUUUUUUAGUCUCUACAGUAAGUGUUUGGUUGGAGUGCCAUAUCCUGCAGUUUACAUAUCAGAUAAAAAAUAAUUCAUGUAAACAUUGUCGCUGCUGUUUAGAUUGGUAUACUCAUCAGUCUGACUUCCACUCAUUAGGUUUUUUCCAGAGCUUUCAGUUACAUCACAUGGCCUUCAUCAGUAGUGACCUAAGUAUUGAACUUCAAACCCAUUUAGUAAAAACAUUAUAGUAUGUAUUUGUAAUUUUAUGAUAUGAGAAAAAGCACGAAUGACCCAGAUAAACAAAAAAGACUAUCGGCAAGAAGAUCUACUUCUAAGUAGUUAUUCAGUUAGAUUCCCCUUGAAAUCAAUGAAACAAGGCGGUGGAAACACUACCACUUUUGUCCACAGGGGCGGCCAGAAUCAACACAAAAUGAAAGUUUCCUGUUGCUGCUUUAAUCAAUAGCGGGAAUAUGAGACUGCUGGUUUGAGAUGAAUUUGGAGUCUUGACUCCACUUGACAAACUACAUCCAAAGACUGUACUUCUGUAUAUCUGUAAUCUUUAUUGGACCUCAAUGGAAAUAUCUGUUGGACUUAAUUGUGUUAUCUGACAUCCCUGUGUGUGAUUUAAUUUCCUCCCCCUCAUGUCAAAUACUAAACUAAAGAUAAUGUU